AUGGCUAUUAAGUGUCGACCUGUCGACCUUUGUGAUGACAUUGCUCUCCCACAAAAACGUAUCAGAAUAGGCAGUUUGGAAAAUUCAAACGUAUUGAAACCCUACCGCGCAACUCAGCCAGUGCCAUCAUCUCUAGAAAAUGCAUCAUGCUCUGGGAAAACAAAUGACAAUGAAAACCAGGAAGAUGCUGACGACGAUGAUGCAGAUCGUAGCCUCUUGUACUGUAUUCUCUCAUCGGUGGACGGAAGUAUUGAUCUACAAUUCAAUUACUGGUAUGAGACACUAACAAACAUCAGAAAUUACUACAAAUUGAAACACAGAUCAAGAGAGGAAGACAUUCUUGCCAUUCAAUCAAUGACUGAAACAUCUAGGCUUGUAAAAAGGGAUCGGAACAUUGUAAAAUGUUUUUCUGAAUUCAUUGUUGACGAGGAAGAUGACUGUGUUUAUAAUUGCCUGACAUUCAACAAAAAUUAUGUAAAAUUCAUGAAAGUGACCCCGACAGAGGUUUUGCAAGAAUGUGUUCUGUUAGUGAAUAACAUACAUGAAUAUAUAAUGAGUAGCAAUGAGAUUUCUAGUAAUGUCUUGAAGUUUGGAUUGGACUUUAUUCGUUUUUAUCACACGGGCCUGGAAUAUAACGAAAAACAUAACAGAGGUUUAAAGAUAUUGAAUCUUCCUAAUGCUGUGGUUGACAUGCUAAACGACGAUGACGAGUUUGGAGAUUUCAAAGAAUAUGUGAAUGAGAUCAUGAAACAAGAACAAAAAUCCUUAAAAUCAUUGCAUUUGAAUAGUCUCCUCGGCUCAUACCUUAUUGGAAGAGAGACGGGUAGAGAAAAAGCAUUGAAUAAUCUCGCACUUUCACACUCAAAUUGGAGCAUUCUAGUGUCUAUUCUCAUGUCAGAGAGUUACAGUUUAUCUUUAAGCUCACCAUGGAAAGAAUUAUUAAGAAACCAAAGUGCGUUCCCUUUAUUAAGUUGUGAUUCAAGUAUAAUAGACAGUGAUAUCGCUAAAUUGACAGAUAUCUCUAAAGUAUUGUAUAACGAAAACAGCUCAGUCAGAUUUAUAUCAGAUGAUAUCCGCCAUCAGGUUAUGAGUUACUUUGUAAAGAAUUGCCUGAUUACUAAUGAGGACUACGAGAAUUACAUCAAGCUGUCAUCAGUGGACUCGUUGUUGGAGUACGUACAACCCUGGUGGUAUAUGUUAGAUGAACACUAUCCAUACCUCAAAGAAUGUCUGUUCCUACCGCACAGUUUGGAGGAUUCAUUUUUUCAAAGACUUGGAUUAGACGUUCUUCGUCACCCCACUAUAGAUGAUGAGGAGGCAUGUGAUGAAAAGACGAAAGCUACGUUCAGAGAAAAAGUGAAAGACAAAUUUAACGUACCAGAGGAAAUCUUUGAUUGGGAAUAUGACGCACGAUGUAGAUAUAUAGAAUGUGCUAAACGGGGGACAAAAACAGUACAUAGAGCUCGGGCGAUGAUUGUUGGAUGCGCAGGUGCUGGAAAAACAACCCUCCUAAAACGACUACAGAAGCUAGGAUUAGAGGAACUGCUAAAAGUGUACUCAACUGUUGGACUGGAAGUGCAUGAAGAUAUGUUUGAACUGGAUGAAGACUCUUGUUUAAGAGCAUUAUUAGAUGAUACAAACAAAGACGAUAAGAAAAUCCUAAGUGUGGUAGAUUUUGGAGGCCAGUGUGCUUACUACGCCUGUCAUCAGGUCUAUCUCAGCAGAAGGGCUUUCUAUAUACUAGUGAUGGACAUGUCAAAACCUUUUACAGAAACAGUUGACAAAAAUAAAUGUGAGCAACGGGAGACAAUGUUUACAGGCUGGACAUAUGGAGGUAAUUAA